GAUAGGCUAGAAGCAAAAAUCGCGGUUGAUCCGUUCGGUGGACUUUUCAGCAUUAGCCUGUGGUUUCGCUUUUGUCCAGUGCGGGUGCGAGUUUGUCUGCCGUUUCGCCUGACGGCGGUGCGUGCGUGUAUGCCCGAAUCCCGUUACGGAAUCCUGUCCUGGUACAUGGUGUCCUAAUUGAUCCAAACCCCGACGACGACGACGACGACGGCGUGUGCGUUUGUGUGUUUGUUGGGUUUUUGUGGGUAAACUCGUAAAAUUGUUUUGCAAACCAACCGUACCACACCCCGAAACGGGUGGUCCAGGGCAAAUUAAUCAUCGCGUGUACUCCGCUCCGUACAGGGCAAACCUAACCUAGGAUUGUGGCCCCGCCAAUGAAGCUGUGAGAAGAUGCGGUGAUGUGCGGUGCUCGGUCGUGUCACUACCGGUGGCAGUGAGCAGUGUUGUGUGUAUGUGGGCAGGAGGAAAAUGAUAACGCGAAAAACACUGGAAAAAUAUCCGUCGUUGCUUCCGCAGCCGUGAGCGGAAGCCGUAGAAAAUAACCAGCCAUAAUCAUAAUAAAGGGAUUAAGUCGCCCCCAGUGGGAUGCUUUUUUGCUGGCAUCUUACAGCGCCCGUUGGUUCGUUCGCGUGUUUUCCAGCACGGUAAUUGAGACGGUGUGGGUGAGCAAUCGGGUUUUUUCCCACGAGUGCCCGGAAGAAAACCACAAAGAAAUUGGGAAAUAAUUCGGUGGAAAUAAAAUACUUUGGUCAAUCUGUUUAUCGGGGGCCUUUGGCCGGGUGGAAAAGUGUGGUAUCAAAUGGGGCAAGUGUCGCCGAAUAGUGCUUAAUAAUUAUGUGGAUACGUGGUUUUGGAGCUUCAUAGUUUUGUGGUUUGACGUGUAAGGUACAAGUUUGACACUAUAGAAAAGUGAAUAGUUAAAUGGUUAGAGGAAUAGGUACGUGUGUGUACGGGUGUUGAAUUGUUAAUGUUGGUAUCUUCAAAAAGUUGGUUAGUUGAUUUUAUUCAGUGAUUCUUCUGCCGUAUUGUUUCUUUGACUCAACUGAAAGCUGUUUUUCGCUCUGCUCGAAGCAGUAGGAAUCAUUCAAGGAUAAUCAGGCAGUGCUCAUAACUCAGAAUGUAUCAGCGGGGAGUGAUUUUGCCGUUCAUCUGUACUCUGCUAUAUUUCAAGCUGAUCCGAACGCUGCAACUGACGGAAAUCAUCGUACCGGAUGUGGUGGAUGUCCGCGACACACCCACACUGUCCUGCAGCUACGAUAUGGGCACACACAAGCUGAACUCGGUCAAGUGGUACAAAGACGAGCGGGAGUUCUUCAGGUACUCGCCCCUAAUGGAACAGAAUGUGAUGAUAUUUCCGGUGGACGGUGUUGCGGUGGUGAGGAAAUCGCCGACCCAUUUCUGCAACCGCUUCAUGUGCAGCAUCCAGCUGCAGCAGCUCAACAUCAAAUCGAGCGGUUCGUAUCGGUGCGAGAUAUCCGGUGACGCACCGGAAUUCAAGCUGGCCCACGGAGUCGGGAAUAUGAGUGUGGCAGUGCUGCCGCAGUACGAUCCAAUCAUCAAUGGCUUACAGCAUAACUACGCCCUGGGGGACUUUGUGGUGGCUAACUGUUCUUCGGACAUGUCCAGCCCUCCCGCUAGGUUGUACUGGUUUAUCAACGAUCGGAUUGUCCCAUCGGACUACCUACAGCCGCAGCAGGAGACUACGAUCGAGAACGAUGGCUUCAUCCUGCGCUAUCGAACUCUGGAGAUUCGGUUUCACAUCGACGAGGACCGGCUGGGUAAGAUCAAGGGCAAACUGGCCCUCAAGUGUCUGGCCCGGAUCGAUUCCAUACCGCAGGGGACGCGGGAGGCCACGCAGAUCAUCUACAUCCCGAUGACGGAUGAGCUGCGGAAUCAGAAGCUCAUCAAUUGGCGCAGUUCGGCGCAAUCUCUACACCGCCAUCGGUCCUAUCAUCAUCAGCAACUGUUCGUACCCUUGCUGGUUCUUCUGUCCUUUCUGGUGAUAACUUCAUUCGUCGCCCUGUAAGGACCAAUCUAAGCUGACAGCGACGGGUUGGAUCUUUUUUACCCGCGGCAAAUGUGGUAACAACAAUCUUCGUAAUCGAGGGAUAGCUGAAAAUCAAGUAAGUAACAAGAAGCGUGAUAGUGACCUCUACAGAACAAGAUAAAAAAAACAAAACUAUAGCUGUUAAUUUUGCGAAGCAAUUUCUGUUGAUCCUUUUUAUAUAAAUAGUAAUCCCACUCGGCACAUAGAACGAAUUGAAACUCGUUUACUCGUUAUAGUGUGUAUUUUUUUUUCAUUCAAUCCGGAUUGUUGUAUAAUACAAAAAAGGGGGGAAUAGCAGAAAAUAAAAUGAUGAUUCUUGUAAAUAGCAAAAUUCCCCCAUCCUUUCCCAAACAAAAAAAAUCCUACACCAAAAAUAGCAAAUUGGGGAAGAAAUCCAGCGUGGAUCCGACACAUGUUAUUACACCUCCCCUCUUUCUGGCGUAAGAUUAAGAUAAACCGAUCCUAUUGAGUGCUAAGCAGCAACAAAAAAAAACACAAAAGAAAACGAGAAAAUGUAGCGCCAUAACAUGAAUGAAAGAUGAGCAGCAGGAGAAAAGUUAGAUAGUUUUUAUAAAUAUUUUUGUAACGUUUAGUUAACAGCAUAUUUAUACAGAGACAAGCUUGGAAGAAAACAAUGGGAGGGAACCGUCAGCAUCAGCAGAAGCCGAAGGUCACACAUAAGCGCGGCCUGGCACUGACGGGAGUGAAACCCUAUCUCUUCGAAGCAGCUGCGAAAGUGUAACUAGAAAAAAGGGAAAGCAUAAAAGUUAAACAAUUGCGAAAUCAAAGCCAAAGGCGUUCGUGUUGGUUGGUUCAGGGUGGCAAAGUACGACAGCGCCAAACCCAGCAGCCAGACGACUACAGAGUACAUAUACCUUCAUACAACUGAAACAAAAAACCCAAGCAUUAGAGCAAAGAAAAAAAAAUAGAUACACAGAAAAAAAAACAAAGCAAAAGGAUUUUUCUCAUCAUCUCUGUUGCUGUCGUAAUCUAUUUCCCUCGUUUCGGUUUCGUUUUCAUUCAUAUUUCAUUCCGCUUCCCCACAUAUUGCUCCGCGACCUCCCAUUCAGGGAGGGAGGGAGGGAACACAGUCAAAUACAGCUAGCUUCCAGCGAGAUUGCAGCCAACCAACUCCAUAAGCAGCUGGCGUCGCGACGCUUCUGCCUGCCUGCCUACAGUCAACAGUCAGUGGGCUGUCCUCACUCGCUGGUACUCACCAGUAGUAGGUAGGUAUAACCCCAUCCGAAAGAUUCACAAAACAAUUUUCGCGCGCUCUGUCAGCUAUUUAUGCUAGUGAACACUGCCCGUAAUCACAACUUACAAUGAGCGCCAUCUACUGCGAGAAUGCUUAUCUAGUUGCCGAGUUGACUGACUGACUCGGUUGGGUUGGAAAGGGGGUAGUAUAAACGUAAGAAUAGCACGCGCGAACUAUAGCCAGCACGAGCUGUCUUCAUUGCUGUCGUCAUAGCUGUCCGGGGCAGAGUACGAGAUUCUUUUGGUGGUUAUUCCGCCGGAGAGCUGGUUUUAAGUACGGGGGAUCGGGAAAUGUUUCAUUAUAAACCGAGGUAGCUGAAUUUAAAUUUGCUGUCAGCACUCGUUUUUGCACAGUAGCACUCGUUUAAAACGUGAAAGGAAAACAUUGGUUAGAAAAUUUUAGAUGUUUUAAACGUCAUUGAAUGCCAAAUAAAUGUACAGAGUUAGUUUAAAUAAUUGAUGCAGUUCUGUUUACUAAUGUGUGUGUUUAUACAAUCCGUCUUCCACUAAACGGCAGUACGUUUAUGGAAGAAACUUGUCUACAUCUAUUUAAUGGUAUAUUUGGUAUUAUCCAUAGAUGUUUAGUCCUGGAGAUGGAAGGUGAUAGCUCUACUGUACAUCCAACGACCCAUUUCAAGAAUACCUGUUCAUACAUGUACAUUCUGAGGCCGCCUUCAUAUACAAUGCGUGAAUGCGUCCUCAUAUUAAUUGGAUAUUUGUAAUAUUUUUGUACUUCCAGAAUUAAAUAUUAUAUUUUUGAUUUUGGCUUGUAAGGAAAAAAGAUUAUUAUUAUUAUUUAUUUAUUGGGCUUUAACCGCACAGGGUCAUUCGCCAUAAGAAGGGAGAUAGUUGUAAAACAUUUCACAGAAUUAAGUUUAUCUUCUUUGAGUUCAAUUGGCUAUUGGAUCGAUGAGGUGUUGAGCUCCGGAAUGAAGGCAGCUUGUCAGGGCCACGGGAGAGCCUCCCCAGCGCCCGGUUUUGGUAUGUCGGUGGACCCGCUGAACGAUGGUUUAUUUGCGGUUAGUCGAGAGACCUUCCCAGCACCCGGUUCGGAUGUGGCGAAGGACCCCGCUGGGCGUUGAUAGCAAUUGGGCUGACGGAUUGCGGUUGUAGAAGGGCCACGGGAGAACCUCCCCAGCACCCGGUCUGGGUGUGGCGGAGGGUCCGCUGAGCAGUAGUGGUAGUAGUUGCAGCAGAGGAUGGUUUGAAGUUAGCCGGUUCGCGGAUAGAUUCGAGAAAAUUGGCAUCUUUCAGGAAGGCAAGUAGUGCCUCUUCGUGCACUGGGUCGUUUGCCAGUGUUUCUCGAAUCGAGAAGGGCAAGUUGUGAUGUCGCCGUAGGUUGUCGAACUCCCUGCAGUUUAUUAGUAGGUGCUCCACCGUGAGUCUAGUGCUGCAAGAUGUACAUAUUGGAGGGUCGACGCGGGUAAUGGUGUGGGCAUGGGUAAGCCUCGUAUGUCCCUCAACUCGGCUGUUCAACUCGGUUUUCGCGGUCUGUCCACUUUUCGAGGUCUCACUUUACCUUCUCAGGGGAAGCCUCGGAUAGUCCUCCAGUGAGUGAUGAAGUGCUCAGAGGUCUUCGCCUUGAAUUCCCUGAUGAUGUCGGAUGAUGGUACCUCAUUAGAGAAUAGGGCGCGAGAGCGUCGACCAAGCGCGGCCAAGUGGUCAGCAUCCUCGUUACCGCGGAUUCCGCUGUGUCCGGGUACCCAGCAUAUGGUAGUUAAUGAGUCACAGGAUUGUUCUAUGGCUUGGACAUAGGGGUGCUUGGACUCCCCUGAUUCCAGCGCUUUGAUGACUGAGAGGGAAUCGGAGAAGAUCACUGUCGGUGUGUCUUCGGGUUUGUUGGUAACCGCAAUGGCGAUGACGGCGGCUUCCGCGGAGAACACGGAACACACGGAGAGUAGACGACGGGCGGGGCCCGUUCCGAUUCCGCUCACACCCGCGCCCAUCCCCUCGCCAAGUUUCGAGCCGUCGGUGUAGAUGUGCAGAUGGUUUGAGUAUUUUUGUUCGACCAUCUGUAGGAAUUUGGCUCUGGCAGCCCGGGGAGGAUCUCCUGCUCUGCGUGCUACUGUGAAUAAAUAAUUUCAUGGCAUUUCUGCGAGCGUUCUCCUCCAUCCUCAAUAAAAUCAUUGAAUCAACUAGUCGGAUUGAGAUGGCGCUUUAGACGCUAAGUGGAACUGAUGGGCGUAAUUUUUGGCGGCUUGGCUUAAAACACGUACACAGCAAAAUUAUUGGCGAUAAAAUCACUAAGAAACAUCUUACUAUUCUCGCGAAAUUUUAUCUAAUCAACACAUAACUAUACAGAAGAAUCGGCCUACUAAACGAUUGACUACGAUUUCCUGUUAACUAUUGUAUAUCUCACAACGAAACUUCGAAAAAUAUUGGACGAACACAAAGCCACGUCCGAGCGAUUCGGCAGUGCUCCCAAUCAUCUGAUGCAGUUUUGUUUAUGAGUGUAGAUGUAAUCUAGGCAAUUUGACCGGUGUCUAACUUAGAGUGAUUAUACGUCCUGGUUUCCCAGGACAUGUUCUGGUUUUUAGCGGACUAUUCUGGUGUCCUAGGAUAUCGAGGAAAAUGCUUGAUUUGUUCUGGUUUGUUUUCCUCUGUGUAUAAAACAUUUUUACAUCUUAGGUCUUCCUUGCAUUCACUCUGGUUCCGAUCGCAGUAACGGUCGACUACAAUCGUAACUGCAACGUGUAAGUCCACCCUCAAGUAGAGUACGAGAAACAAAGCCCUACACACUUGAACCAUUUCUGGGCCAAAUCCUAGGAACUAUCGAUCUCGAUGAAAUGAUGAUUACCAGUGCUUCAGCUUGGCUUAAAUCGAGAUAGUUGACAAUGGAGGUUUCCAAGCACUCGCAUUUACUUCUUCGUCAAGAAUAUCCCGGGGAAGUUACUUGGGAUCCUUGCUGUUUCUGCUUUACUUCAAUGACGUGUAUUUUGCGCUGAAGACUGCUCGCCGGUCCUUCGCAGAUGAUCUCCAAAUGUUUCGUCUCAACCGCUCAAUUGAGGAAUUGCAGCUUCCUCCAUCAACGACUUGAAGCCUUCGCUGAUAGUUUCUUUAUAGUAGGGCUAAAAAGCUUCAAAAGCAUGGACUGUAGUGUGUUGGUGGUUUGGCACUGCGUGGGACUCGCGACUCACGUUCGUGUCUAACCACUAAAACACUGCUUACUUUUUUCGCCCUUCUUCCCCACGGAACUACAUCAAGGUAUUACUGCUUGGGAGGGCUCGUUGUGCUUUCAUCACACCUUUUUCUUCUACUCUAUCUCGGAGUCUCACUUGGUUCAUGAAAUUGCUUGACCUUCGAGCUUUGAUUUAACUAUCGACUCUUCGCCUUUAUAGCUCUCGUCUCCGUGAGCCGUUUGGAUGCUGUUUUCGUGAGUCGUUCAGCUCCCGGUCUUAUCAACGGGCUCUGGUAUCUGGGAUCUUGAUCCUUCACUCUGGAAUCUGAACUCUAGACUCUGGACUCUGAACUUUAGGCUCUGCACUUGGGUCUCAGGAUUCUGGACUGUAGGCUCUCUACUCGGGACUCUGUUCUCUGGACUCUGGGAUCUGGACUCCGGGCUCUGAACCCGGGACACUGGACUUAGUAUUUUGGGUUGAGGACUCUGUUCUCUGGACUCUGAACCCUGGUUUCAGGAUUGUCGUGUUUGGACUCUGAGCUCUAGAUUCUGGGCUUUGAGCUCUGUGUUAUGGACUCUGGAUUCUGGACUCUGGGUUCUAUGAUCUUGUGUCUGAAUCCUUGCCUCAGUAUUUUGGAUUAAGUACUUCGGGCUCUGGAUUCUGGUCUCAGAGCUCUGGACUCUGGCCACAGUAAUUUGAGUUGAGGACUCUUGGCUCUGGACCUAGGAUUCUCGACUCUGUUCUCUGCACUCUGAACUCUAGACUCUGAAUUUUUAACUCUGGAACUGAGCUUUCGUCUCGAUAUUCUGUGUUAUGGACUCUGGACUGUAGACUGUGGUCUCUGAGCUAUGGACUCUGGGUCUUGAUUCUGGACUUCUGACUCGGAACUAUGGACUCUGGACUAUGCACUCUGCACUCGAGACUCUGGAGUCUGGACUCCGGACUCUGGACUCUCUCCUCGGGACUCUGGGUUGUGCUCGCUGGGAGAUGAAAACUAAAAUCUGGAUUAUCGAAUCUGAACUCUGGAUUCUAGACUCUGAGCUCUGGAAUCUGAAAUCUAAACUGUGGUCACACUAUUUUGGGUUAGGGGCUCUGGACUUUGGGCUCUGAGCUCUAGAUUAUGCGCUGCGGAUUCUGGGCUCAGUAUUUUGGGAUAACAACUCUACACUUUGGGUUCUCCGAAGGAGUAAUUUCUCCCAACACCGAUACCCGCUGCCUUGAGCUAUUUAGCUACCAGCUUUAUCAAGAUCUACUCGAAUAUUAUCCGGUGGUGAACUACCCUACUUCGACUGAGAGCUCCCCGGCAGCGGAAUUUCUCUCGGUACCGGAGUUUGUUUCGUAAACCAAUUAGCUCACAUUUUUGUCACGAUUCCGUCGGAUAAUCAUCGGCGGCAAAUCUACCCUACUGUGAAUUCCUCGGCGGUAGAUUUCUACCCGAUAUCGAUGUUGGUUUCAGUGAGCCAUUUAGCUCAUUACUUCGUCUCGAUCUAGUCCCCGACGGUGGACCUAGGUUACUAAACGGGCCAAUCAGUAGGUACUGAGGUCUAUCUAGCGAUUCCGAGGAGAGCUUAGCUUCCGGUUCACUGAUGGCUGUUCGACGCGGUCUACUCGCUCUAAUUUCUGGUGGUGGAUCUAGCCUACUCACGAGCUACCCGGUAGGAUGCCGAGGUCGAUCCGGCGAUUCCGGUGAAGCUUGACGUCCGAUUCACUGACUCCCGAACCCGGUGCUACGUCGCAUACUAUUCGACUGGUCUCCGGCGGUGGACCUAGUCUACACUGAUGGAGAGUACCCCGGCGGCGGAAUUUCUCCCGAAACCCGAUUUGUGGUUCCACGGUGGCUACUUUGUUGGUCCCUUCGCCACUUUCUCCUUAGCUCGGACCUCGUAAGCAUUCUAUUGACAGCGUCCCAGGUAUGCUCGUCGUGGCACAUAUCUUCAACAAUAUAUCCAACUAUCACACCAGGCAUACCCCUUCGAAGCUAUGGCAUUCGAAGACCACGUGUUCCGGUGUCUCCUACACGUUCACACACUCCGGGCAAAGGGGUGACGAAGCAUAUCCAAACAAGUUCUUCCGGAAGCAUCCGUGCCCGGACAAAAAACUGAAUCAAAUGGAAAUUCACCUCUUCAUGCUUCCUAAGCCGAAACAUUUGGCAUGAGUCGGUAGGUCCACCUUCCUUUAUCCGAGUUGUCCUACUCUUGCUGCCACUUAGCCAGCGAUUCCGCUCGUGCCAGUCCCCUUGCAUUUCGUGCAUUCCUCCGCUGGUAGGAUUCCACGUCCUCAACCAGAGUGAUGCAGAUGGUAGCCAUCCCGGCAAUUACGCAUACCACCUCUGACGAUAUCGUUCUGUACGCACUGGCGACACGAACAGCCGAUUGAGGUUUAACAAGAACCGUGAGCGUGUUUUUAGAGGGCAGAAAAAAACUUUCAAAAAAGUCCUGAGUAAGCAGAAAAAAAUGUACAAAACCCAAAGUCUCAAGGAACGGGUUUGGGCUGCCACCAGACCCGCUAAAACCUCUACUCUUAUCUAGAACCUGACUCCUCUCCGGCACUAUCUUACGGCAUUAUUUCGGUGAGGGGUUUUUUAUGCGCAUAGCAUCCACUCAAAUCCGACUACUUAGUAGUUAGUUAGUAAGGUUACAGCACCACUCAUCGACAAACGACCAGUUCUCGACCAUCCACACAGACUGGCAGUCUCGGCAUGGCUAGCUGUGGGUUGAGACUUAGUGCUCUUCCCCUACAUUGUCUAAUCUAUCGAGCCCUUCGGCUGCCUUGUGCCAUUCAGCAUCAGGAGUCGGCUCCCUUGUGCCAUUCAGCACCAAAACUCCCUUCUCGUACCAUUUAGCACUACUUACUCGGUGACCUCCUAAGAAAAUACUCGGUCAAGUCCCCGACGAUGAAACUAGCCUACUCCGACGGAGAAGACCUCGGCGUGAGAAGUUCUCCCGAAACCGAACCAACCAACCAAGUGUCGAGGUCAGUUCGGCGAUUCCGGUGGAGCAGGGCGUCCGGUUUGCUGGUGCUCCGAUGACCCGCGACUGGUGGUGUCCCGUCGCGAUCUACUCAGUCUAGUCCCGGAGGUGAAUCUAGCUUACGCCGACGGAGAGUUCCCCGGCGAAGGAAGUUCUCCCGAUACCGAUUCUACUUUGGUUUUAGCACCACAACUUCUUGAGCCCUUUGACUCUCUGUCCGGUGCCAUUUAGCACCACAACUCCUUUAGGCCCCUUGGUUCCCUUCUCGUUCCAUUUCGCCCCACUCCCCAAAUGAACCUUUCAGCUCGCGAUUUCACUAAAAUCUUGUUCGCGAACUUCUCGUUCUAGUCCCCGACGCUGGAACGAGCCUACUCCGAAGGAGAAUUCCCCGGCGAGAGAAGUUCUCCCGAAACCGAGUCAACCGACCAGAUGUCGAGGUCAGUGGAACAGGUCGUCCGGUUCGCAGGUGCCCCGACGAUCCGCGACUGGUAGUUUCUCGUCGCGGUCUACUCAAUCUAGUCAUCGGAGGUGAAUCUAGCUUACACCGGCGGAGAGUUCCACGAUGAAGGAAGUUCUUCUGAUACAGUCUAAAAUUUAGCUUUUCUUUGCUUUUUGGAAUAGUUUCUUCUGAAGGGGGUGGUUGUCUAUUCGGUUGAACGGGGUCGCGGGAGACCUUUCCAGUACCCGGCCGGGGUAUGGCUCGGUUAGUUGGUUUUCACUUCGGUGGUGACUGUGGUUGUUCCAGAUUGGGUCGUCACUUCAGUAGGUGAGCAGACCGGCUGCAGGCGAUCCACUGCUCCAAAGGACCAUGGGCGACCACUCCAGCAUCGCAAGAAUGUGGCGGCAGUGGGCCCAUAGAUAGUGUGGCUGUGGUAUACUUCUGUUGAGAUGCCUUCGAGGGUUCGGUCUUGACUGAAUGGGUCGUGUUGGUGGCGAUUUGCUGGAAAAUUCUUUCGGUUUAUGGUGGUCUUGCAGGGACAUGGACGUCCUCUCCAUUGCCGUUGCGUGGCGUGGCAGAAGGCUCAUUGCUGGUGUGACUGUAGUUGUUUGAGGUUGGCUCGUCGUUUCUCCAUUGAGAUGACUUCGAGGGUUCGGUCUUGCCUGAUCGGGGUCGUGGGAGACCUCCAGCACCUGGUGGGGGGUGAAUCAGAGGGCCCACAGUCGUGGUGGGAUUGAUUGUAGUUAACUGGUGACGGCCGCGGAAAACCUCUACAUCAGCUGGCGAAGGUGUGGCGUUUGGUCUGGCGUCCUUCAAAAAUAGAAGAAGUACUUCCUCCUGGACCGGGUCAUUAGACAGCCCGUCUCGGAUUUAAUUGGUCAGAUCAUACUGUCGCCGGAAGUCCUCGAGUUCCCUGCAGUUGCAUAGGAGGUGCCCAACAGAGAGUCGGUUGGAUCGUCUGAGUCUCUUUUGGCCAUUGUCACUGCGAUAGUUGCAGCUUCCGCUGUGAUGACUGAGCAAUAGGAUGGGAGACGGAAGGAGAGCCCGUUCUCAGUCCGCUGAUACUCGGUGUAUAAUUUAAUGUGUUGUUGGUAUUUUCGGUUGAUGCAUUGACUAUAUUUUGGUAUGAUACUGCUCGGGGAGUCUCCGGCAUUUAUUGUACGGGUGAGGCUGUCGUCAAUGUUAGGUCCAGGGUCGUGGCCAAGCUCGUGGUCUUAUUCGAUGUAGUCGGGCGAUAGUUGGGAGGGGUUUGUUGGUGAGUUGGAUGUUGUCUGCGAUGGUAAGAUGGUAUUCGUCUUCCGCUGUCCUCUUUAGAAAGUUUAGUGCUCGUUUGAGGCAUACCCUCUCCUGAUACUGAUUCUUCUUUUGUUUUCGCUCGUACUCUCUCGGUAGGGUGCCUUGGCCAGUCCGGCGAUUCCAGCUGGAGCGUGGAAUCCGGGUCGCUGGCAACCCGACGACCCAUACCUGGUGCUCUGUUGCGGUCUACUAGACUAGUUCCCUGAGGUGGAUUCAGUCUACUCCGGUGGAGAGUUUCCCAGCGGUGAUUGUUCUCCCGAAACCGCUGCUCGCUGUUCUUCUCGCCAUUUCCGCUGCAAGGUGGUCAUGAUCUGCGUCACCACUCUGUUGACCGCGUUCCACGUAUUUACGUCGCUUGUCGUUCUGUAGAUGACAUUAUCCGGGUUGAUGUCCGAUCCUCCCGUUUCAAGCAUCUCGCACUCGAAGACGACAUGUCUCCGGUGUUUCCUAGACGUUCUCACACUCCGCCCACAACGAUGGUGUUGCGUGCCCGAACCGAUGCAGAUACUUCCUCAAGCAGCCGUGGCCUGACAGGAACUGUGUCAGGUGGAAGUUUACCUCUCUGGGCCAUUUAUUGACCCACGUUAACAGGAUUGGGAUGAGCCGGCAAAUCCACCUUUCUUUAUCCAGAUUGUCCCAUUCCUGCUGCCGCCUUGCCUUCGAAUCGAUUCUCACCAUCUUCCUCACGUUUCUGGUGUUUCUCCGAUUGUAGCACUCGAUAUCUUCCGCCACGGUGAUCAUUCCGGUGAUAACACAUACUGCCUCUGACGAGAUUGUUCUGUACCCGCACGCGACUCGUACGACCAUCAGCUAGAACAUAUUGUAUAGCUUUUCACGGUUCCGCUUGGUUUCCAGCGCGGCUGCUCACAUCGCAGUAUCGACGACGAAACACUAGAUAGCAAACGUCUGCUUCUCGAACCGCCGACGUUUGGCAUGACUGUCGCUAUUGCGUUCGUUGCCUUCGCUGACUUUUCGCAGGCGUAGUCGAUGUGAUUGUUGAAGCUCAACCGACUUGCCCCCCGACGUCGAUCUGCAUCUGCUGAACUGCUUUGCUGUUCCUGAUCAACAAAACCUCUCCGUCUUGUGGUGAGCUAUCAGCAGCUUGACCCCGUUCAUCCAGCUCUCGAUUGCGACUAUUGUCUCCGUCAUCGACACUUCCGCUUCUUCAAGUGUCUCACGCAUCACCGUUAGUAACACGUCGCCCGGGAAACGCACGUUUUACACUUGCCUGGGUAACCACACUGUCAAGACACCAUCGUACAUCCCGUUCCAAAGAGGAACGACCGCUGUGACUCGCAUUGACGUACAGCAGCACUUUGUUCUGGAAGUAACUAUUCAGAAUCUGGCUUAGAUAGACGGGGACCUUCAUUCUGUGCAGCGCUAGCUUCCCAUCUGUUGGCGUAUUCUCCACAUCCAUCGUAAUCACGGCGCAGUUUCGAUCUCCUCUUCGCUUCUGUUUAGAUGCCUUCUCAGCACUCUUGAGUAUUUUCCGAAUUGCCUCCACUGUCGAUACUCCUUUGCGGAUUCCAAACUGCAUCUUGAACAGUUCGCGCUAGCUCUACGUGCAUUUCGUCAGCCUGUUGAGGACGAUUUCUUCCAGGAGUUUUUCGAGUGUAUCCAGCAGACAUAUAGGCCUAUAUGAGACUGGAUCGGAUUGGCAACAACACCAGCUUCUGCACAUUUCGGGGAAAAUGUCAUCUUCUAGACACUUCUGCAGCAUCAUACUGAACAUGUCCGGGAAUGGUAGGAUUGCAGCCUUCAACACUCCGUUUGGUAUUCCAUCUGGACGCUACGCGUCCCUUGGAAUGGCGUCUCCCUUGCUACUUUUCGGCACAGCUUCUUGUGGCUAUCUGACUUGCUAUGCUUGAUCUCCCGUUUUAAGGCAGCUUUAGCUUCCCGAAACGGUGCUUUGAGCCCCUUAUAUCUGGCUCCGAUAUUGCUCUAUGAACCUGCCUUUAGACGCUGAUACAGGGAGCGCCUAGCACACUGAGCUUCUCGUUCCACCAGUAAGCUGGACACCAUCAGCUUCCACGGCAUAGUGGCGUCACAAGCUGUCAUUAUCCUUCUUGUUAGAUCAGUCGCAUGAACGUUCUCUGUCCUGCCGUCCGUCCAAAACUUCUCUACGAAAAGAUCUUUGUUGAAAGCUUUCAUCUCCCACUUUUGCUCGCCGGACAUCCUUCUCCGUGCUGCAGCAGGGUUUCGUUGACCGAUACGGUAGUGAAUUGCCUGGUGGUCACUAUGGGUAUACUUCUCGCAUACUCUCCAAUCCAUGUUCGUCGUCAGCGAAGGGCUACAGAAUGUGACAUCAAUGGUAGUAGAGAAUGGACUCUUGGAAAUGUUCUAACGAAAUCUUCAUUGCACAAUCGUACGUCUAUUUUCGCUAGAGCUUCUUUCGGGAUAUACCCACUUGUGUUGGUUACUCUACUAAUCCACUCCACAACACACUGCUCCAGCAUUUGGCUGAAUUGCUCCACUGUCCACCUUGGAGAAGCGCAUCAGCUGCACAUGAAGACUCCGUUGAUUUUGGUGAUCACGAAGCCCUCGUAUGAGCGUUCUACUACUUCUUGAAUGAGGGAAUCUAUCCAUAACUUGUAUCACAGCCGUUCCCGGGAACCUUGUGGUCAAGGGGGACUUGAUACUGCUCUGCAAUCAAAAUGAUGUCACACAUUGUUUCUGUCGUAGACUGCCACAACAGUAACCGUGCGGUAUCUCAGUGAUUCAGAUUUAUCUGGGUUAUCUCCAUUUCCAUUGGCAUGUAGUCACCUUCUGGUAGGCACGACAUUUGAAGCCACCCGUUUGAUGGUCGCUUCCGCCCGUUGGAGUGCACUUCGGCCUCUGCGUGCAGUCUGUCGAAAGAUGGCCCGUCUACCCGCAUUUCCAGCUCAUCCUGGAUCUAUGCGGAUCUUUGCAAGCCCCUGCCAAAUGUCCAAAGCACAAGCACUUGAAGCAUUUCUCCGCUUGUUUAUUCACUCGAGGGCCGGCUCUCAAUGGGCAUCUCGACCAUCCAGCCAUAACUUUGUCUAGCUCCAGCACAUUGUCAGCAGUGGUUACCAGUAAACAAAUCAUCGCUGUCUGAGUUCCUCCGUAUCCCUUCUUUAACCGGAUCGUCAUGUGCACCUUACCCAGGUUGCACUGCUGCUUCAGCGCACCUCUCAGUCGUCUUCCGUCGUGAUCUCAUCCAGGUUCUUGCACACAAUCGCCGUCUCCGUGCUUAACACUUUAACAUCUCCUUCAACUUAAAGACCAUCUCACCUUUUUGGGUUCGCCUGGUUCUUAUCACGUUUCCCCAAAAAUUCCACACCUCCGGUUCCUCUCUGACCUUCUUGAACAACGCUACACACGUCGUCAUUGGCUUUGACGAGCACGGCUUCACCUUUUGAUGCCUUCUAACGAGCCGGAUGUUUCCUUUUCCUAUUCUGCUUAACUUUUCUCUCUUCCUUUCGCUUUUGCUGUUUCCCGUGUUUCUUCUUCCGACCUACAAUGGUAUUCCUCCCGGCUUUCUCCCGGUUGAGUGGCGUCCGUUUAACGGAAACAGGGCUAUUCUAUUCUAACCCUUACACAGCCAGUAUUGAAAAGCAUCCUGGAAAAGAACCGCAGUUAUUCUUUAGUGUUUUUCUUGUCAACAUUAAUAUUGGAAGCAUAUUAUUUGUAAUAUGUCGCAAAUAUCAAAACGGUUAGGCCUACUGUGCAGAGUUGGGUUAAAAGGUGUUUCAAAACUAUAUAGUAAUUAAUUUAUUCAUUUAAUGAAACUAACGAAUCGCUUUGAAUCUUAAAUGAGGAAGAAACGAGGACAACCGUACCGACCGUUUCAGUUUAUAGUGGAUUGGGAUAUAUCGUUGGGAGCGACUUGGCUAAAAAGGUUAUUGUCACUCCUUUGGUCCUUGGGGAUGGGGCAGAGGUAUUUACUCCUUGCCCUGGCGAAUAAGCCUAAGUUAAAGCGCCUUUACUCGCUCCCGUUUAACGGAAACAGGGCUAAGCUAAAUAAAUAAGCGUGGCACAAACUCUGCUUCCUCACAGAUAACAUACAAUCAAGAUGAAAUCCUUGAAUUAAAAGCCAUUCUUCCAAGACCUGAAAUGCUCCUAUUAUGAUCAGCGAUGGAAAAGUCCAGUGACGUAUUAUUUGUAACAUCAUUAUAUAGAAGUACGAGUUGAUUCAAUCCCCCUGAAAAAAAGAAAUUCAACCCAUGUAUUAUUCAAAAAAUCCAUGAUGAACGGAAAGCGUCCGAACAAAACUGACGAUAUCAACAGUCGCAGUAGGCCGCACUAUUUUGCGCUUUUCCAACGGCACUCAUCAUCUUCUACGGGGGAAAGUGAAUCGUUGCAUAUUUAAUGCUGACAGGAGUCAAACUUGCCACACUGACACACUGAAAGCUGUAGAUGCUUUAUGCAUGAGCUUGCCUACGACUUACUGAAUUGUUAUUCUUGUGGCGACCGAUUGGGCAGUUGUAGUAGCGCAACAUUUUCGUGAUUGUCGUGUCGUGACGUAGCGGAGUUAAGAAGUUGUCGAUGUUCGAUGUCCUGAACGAUGAACGUUUAGGUGCAUGAUUAAGGAGUUCAGUUCCGUCUUUUUUGGACAAAUAAAACACGGAGCAGGAAGCUAUCUGUAAUUGACUGUCGUGUCGUUCUGUUGGGAGUGAAUCUCUGAUAAACAACUAGCAUUAUUUUUUACGAGAGCUAUUCAAUCUUACAAAGAAAUAUAGAUAACUACAUAGAUACACAGUUGACAUCACAUAUACAUUGACGAGAAGAAGAUAAAAAGAGGCCUUAUAAUUUGUACAUUUAGUAUGAAAUUAACAAACAAAACACGUGAGAAAUGUAAGAAUUCUAUAGAAAGCGAAGCACUUAAAUGUGUGCCAACACAAAAAAAAACGAAAGAGUAUUCACAAAAAUAGAUCAAGAUUAGCAUAAAAAAACAAGUUCGAAACCCUUAACUAAAAUGAUGUAUGUAUUAAUUGCGCAACCCUAAUGGAGGAUUUUUGUUUCACUCGGAAAGAAAACAAACGAAAUGAAAUGUCAAAUUAAAGUGUACUGAACUAACUACUAGAUUCUCUAUCACACAUACACAGACGGUUUGUCACACAGUUUAAACUGCGAUCGGCCGGUAAGAGCCAAGACGAAACGAUUAUAACCAAAGCAAUUCUAUUUGUUUAAAAUACAAGGAAGAAGAAGAAAAAAUAAACGCUACGAAGUAUCGUCGAUAUAAUUCAUGGAAUACUAUUCAAAAAUCUUAAAAGAGCAAAACACAGUUCAUGCACGGGAUAAUUUUGUAAGAUAAUAAAGCAACCUAAGAGUAAAUGAGAAGAAGAAAAAAUGAAACAGCUGACGCUAUUUAGUAUAGGAGUGAAUUAACACACAAACACAUACACACAAAUUGCUACUUAGACUAAUGAUAACGGUGAAUAAGUGUAAACUAUAGUGACUAAGGCUUGAACAAAGAAAACAAAACAAAAAAAUGAUAACCAUUCUGGGUAAUUUGUUACACUUCUUUCUCUUUCAUUUGUUUCGAUCGAUCGAAUGCACUGGUGAAUGGUGGGGGGAGGGUGAAGGGACCCGCGAAAUAAUGUGACAUUGAAAAAUGAAUACUCGGAAAACCGGCUGAAAGGGCAUAGUGAGCACACGCGUGUAUGGCGAGAACCAGAAAAAAAUAACAAUUAAAUUAACUGUAAAAGUAAUUAAACAUAUCAGAAAGCAAAAAUAAUACUGUGCAUAAUUGAUAGGUUCGAUGAAUUUCAAUUAGGUUCUUACGCCGAUGAGAGAGAGAGAGUAGCGCCGAAGCGAGUCGAGUGAUGCUGUGGAAAAAAGAAACAGAAGAAAAAAAACAACGGAAGAGUUGGUGGGAAACUGGAAAAUCAACGGUGAAUAUUGAGGGAGAGCGAGAGAAGUAGGCCGUUCACUGUGUCACUUUUGAUAGCGUUUGUUUUCACUUGUGUCAGCUCGGUUGUUCGCAAUUUUUGUAUUCUAUUUUGGAGUUGGCGCUGCUGCCGCUUGCAUGUGGGAAGGGGCUGUUUGCUCAUCAGGUCAUUCCGAUUUGAUUGUCAUCGAAACUGUUUUCUUUUUUUGAGAAGAAUUAAUCGGACACUCGUACUGAUGCUGCGAUGAAUAUACGAGGAAAGUGUUAUUGAAGGUUUGUAGAUGCCGGGAAGAUUAUGUUUCAGUUAAUGUUAUUGUUGGCUGGCGAAGAAUGGUCCAAAAAGCGACCGAAUAGUACAGAUUGUUUUCGCUCUGAUAAAAUAUCUGAAAAUCCUCCAUCUGAUUAUCUGAUAUGUAGAUAACAAAUCAAUAAAGGAGAUCAAAAAACGAUUCGUCAUGAUGCAGAAUAAGGCUGUUUAACACAAAUAUCCCGCGUAGCAAUAUAUAGGCGACGAAAAUUCAGAGUGUCUUCUUUUUAUUGCACCGUCCGACUGCUAAUCAACAAGCUUCUCAUUCGACUAGCGAACGGUGAAUGAAGCAAAAAAAUAUAUGCGGAGCUUAUAUAGUUUGCUAACAUUUGAUAAGGCCUCUUAGAUGCCCCAUAUUGACAGCUUAAUCCGAAAUAUACGAAAACAUUUCGGUUUUCCGCGUCACUUCCGAAAGGUUUUUUUAAAAACGAUUUUUGUUUUGUUUAUAAGGACAUAACUCACAAUUUAGUACGAAGCUGGUGCACAUUUUUCCAUCUAACUGGUGCAGACAUUGUGUAAUUUCUUUCAGUUAUUGUUUCAAAUUUUUCAAUUUUUUCCUGCCUGUUUCUUCCGAAAUGUUGAGAAGGGGCCAUAUAUUGACAGAUAAGUCGCAGUCACGACAAAACAGAAAUCAAUGAUAAAGAAAACCAGAAUGACGGUAAUAUAGAACAGCAGAAGUUUGUGAUACAUAAAAAACAGAAUAAGAAACCUAUUUGGCUAUUUAUAAAAAAAAGCUUGAAAAUAAAUGGAUAAAUAGACAAAUAAACAUCAGAAAACAUGGAAAUGGACGACAGCCGAUAAAAUUGUUGAAACAGAAAAACUGAAAAAUAGGAUGACAGAAAAAGAGUCUUGGGACCCAAAAAGUUUUCGAAUUUCUUCGAGGUCCCACCAAAUUCAUGGUGUUAUCACAGCAGCCGUUCACGGGCUUAGCUUUAUGUAAGACGAGUUCACUUUUCAUUUGAUAGAAAUGAUUGGGCCAGUGGACAAAUCUGAUUCGAGAUACAAAUGCACGAUGCCGAAUUCAAAAUAAAGCACUUAAAAUCAGAAAACAUUGGACUGAUAAAUUAAGACCCGUAAAUUCUGCAAAAACAGGAAAAUAGAAUACAAGAAGUAGAAAAAAUUGCAACAUAAAGUACAGAUUUAUAGAAAAAUAAAACGGUACAAAGAAAAGGCAGACAAGUAACAAAAAUAAUCAGGUUAAGAUAAAACAGGAAAACAGAAAACCAGAACAGCAGCAGAACAGAACUUCAGAGAUACAGUAAAACAAAAAAAAGGGAAAACACAGUAACAGAAAAAAGACAUAAAAAACAAGCGAAUAAGAAGGUGGCAUAGAAAACUUGAAAAAAAAAACCUGAAUGAUAGAAAUACAGGAUAACAGAAAAUUUAAAAACAAACAAAAUCAGAAAAAACUAUAAUCAAAGAGACGUGAGAGAAAUAAAAAAAUGGAACAGGGCAUACUACAAAACUGAACAAAACGAAAGUCGAACACCCAAAAUUAGUGGGACAGAAAAACUGAGAAACAAACGAUAGGAAUAAAAAACAAGCAACCAGAAACAUAUAAAAAGAGAAAAACGUAAAAACAGAGCAAACAGGCUGAUAAACUGAAGACCUGAGAUUCAGAGAAAAAAUACAGAAAAUCAAAUAAAGCCAGAAAAAAAUAAUAGUAAAGCAAAAUACAAAUAAUUUGAAAACCGGAAAAAUAAAACAGACAAAUGAAGGAACAGAAAACGGACUAACUGGACGCAGAAAAACAUAAAAAAAUGGUACCAAAAAAAUAGAAAAACACGGCCGCAGUACGAUACAAAACUGGAACAUUGCUAAAGAGAGUAGAAAAACAUGGUAAACUACAAUACUAAUAUAAAAAUCAAUGGCUGAGAAAAACAGGAAAAAAGGACAACAGAAUCAUAUUAGACAAAAAUGAAAAACUUGAAAAACAGCAAGAAAAGGAAAAGAGAUGAAUGGAGGAACAGAAAACAAAAAGCAGAACUCUGAAAUCAGAAAACGGAAAACAGAAAACGAAAAACAGAAAACAGAAAACAGAAAACAGAAAACAGAAAACAGAAAACAGAAAACAGAAAACAGAAAACAGAAAACAGAAAACAGAAAACAGAAAACAGAAAACAGAAAACAGAAAACAGAAAACAGAAAACAGAAAACAGAAAACAGAAAACAGAAAACAGAAAACAGAAAACAGAAAACAGAAAACAGAAAACAGAAAACAGAAAACAGAAAACAGAAAACAGAAAACAGAAAACAGAAAACAGAAAACAGAAAACAGAAAACAGAAAACAGAAAACAGAAAACAGAAAACAGAAAACAGAAAACAGAAAACAGAAAACAGAAAACAGAAAACAGAAAACAGAAAACAGAAAACAGAAAACAGAAAACAGAAAACAGAAAACAGAAAAACAGCAAACAGAAAACAGAAAACAGAAAACAGAAAACAGAAAACAGAAAACAGAAAACAGAAAAACAGCAAACAGAAAACAGAAAACAGAAAACAGAAAACAGUAAAACAGAAAAACAGAAAAACAGAAAAACAGAAAUACAGAAAUACAGAAAUACAGAAAAACAGAAAAAUAAAAAAACAGAAAAACAGAAAAACAGAAAAACAGUAAAACAGAAAACCAGAAAAUCAGAAAAACAGAAAAACAGAAAACAAAAGCAGAAAAUAGAAAACAGAAUAUAGAAGAAUAGAAGAUCAGAAGAACAGAAGAACAGAAGAACAGAAGAACAGAAGAACAGAAGAACAGAAGAACAGAAGAACAGAAGAACAGAAGAACAGAAGAACAGAAGAACAGAAGAAUAGAAGAACAGAAGAACAGAAAAACAGAAGAACGGAAGAACAAAAGAACAGACGAACAGAAAAACAGAAAACAGAAGAUCAGAAGAACAGGAGAACAGAAGAACAGAAGACCAGAAGAACAGAAGAACAGAGGAACAGAAGAACAGAAAAACAGAAAAACAGAAAAAAAAACAGAAAAAACAGAAGAACAGAAAAAACAGAAGAACGGAAGAACAAAAGAACAAAAGAACAAAAGAACAAAAGAACAAAAGAACAAAAGAACAAAAGAACAAAAGAACAAAAGAACAAAAGAACAAAAGAACAAAAGAACAAAAGAACAAAAGAACAAAAGAACAAAAGAACAGAAGAACAAAAGAACAAAAGAACAAAAGAACAGAAGAACAGAAGAACAGAAGAACAGAAGAACAGAAGAACAGAAGAACAGAAGAACAGAAAAACAGAAAAACAGAAGAACAGAAGAACAGAAAAACAGAAAAACAGAAGAACAGAAGAACAAAACAGUAAACAUUUAAAACGAAAAUUUUCAAAUUUACGAAUUAAAAACUAAAAUUAAAAGAUUUAAACAUUAUGAGAGUCUAAAACUUGAAAAUUUAAAGCUGAAAGUUUGAAAAUUUGGGAAUGCGAAAAUAUGGAAAUUGAAAAUUUUAGAAUUCAAAUGUUUGAAAAUUCGAGCAAGCAGGAAAAAUAUAAAACGUCGAAAAUUCUCUAGUUCGAAAAAUCGAAAAUUUUAGUAUUCGAAAACUCUGGCAUUCGAAAAAUUUGAAAUCUACGAUUUUGAAGCCUAAUUGAAAAUUCGAUAGUUUGGAAAUUCAAGAAUUUCGGAUAUUCGAAAAUUCGAUUAUUAAAAAUUUCGAAGACUUAGAAAUGCCAAAGUUCAAUAAUUCAAAAAUUUUAAAAUUCCAAUAUACCAAAAUGUUAAACUAAAAAAAAUCGAAAAUUGGAAAGGUUUAAAGUGCAAAAUUCUGGAAAAUUGAUUCGAAAAGUCGAAAAUUCAUUGAGUUAAAAAUGGGAGAUUCAGAAAUGCAGAAGUUCGAAAAUUUUAAGAUUUCAAAAUUCGAAGGUUGAUAAUUUAAAAUCGGUGAGGUUGAAAAUGUGAAAGUUCUAAAAAUUGUAAAUUCAGGGAAUCGAAAAUUCAAAAGUUUUAAAAAUCCGAACAUUCAAAAAUUUCCAAUUUCGAAAAUUAACCAAAUUGAAAAUUGUAAAUAUCGAAAAUUUGAGGGUGAAAUAAUUCAAAAAUUUAAAAAUUUCGAGAUUUCGAAAACUCUGAAAUUCAAAAAUUUCUAGGAUAUAAGAAAUUUGAAAGCACUGCCAAAUUUGGAAAAAAAUUAAAACAAAUUCAAUGUGAUUUUUGAAAUUGAAAUUCCAAAACUUGAAAAUUUUAAUUACGAAAUUUAAGUUCCAAAAUUCAAAAAACUUUGAUUGAAUAUUCCAAAAUUAGAAAAUUCGAAGGUGCAAAAUUUUGGAAAGCAGAAAUAAACAGCUCAAGAAUUCGAAAUAAUAAAACUCGAAAAUAGAAAAAUUACAAAAUUAAAAUUGAAAAUUCGCGAAUUCAAAAAUUCCAGAAUUUCAAAUUUCGGAGUUUUGAAAAAAAUUAAAUUGAAAUGUUUAGAACAUAACUGAAAAGUCGAUGGUUCGGUAAUUCGAAACUUAAAUGAUACGAAAAUUUGAUGAUUCAAAACUUCAAAAAUUGAGAAAUGGAAAAGCUCGAAAAUUCGAAGGUUUAAAAUUUCGAGAAUUUGAUACAAUUUUUUAAAUUUAGAAAUUGAAAAUUAAAAAGUUUUAAAAUUUGAAUGGCCAAAAAUUCAUAGAUUCCAAAUUACGAGUAUUCCAAUUUUGAAACAACAGGAAAUUAGAAAAUAAGAAUCUUUGAAAAUUAUAAAUUUCGAGGCCCCAAAAUUCGAAAAUGCAAUGAGUCAAAAAUUGAACAUUCAGAAAUGCGUUAAAAAUUCGAGCGCACGAAAUUGAAAAAAUUGAAAAUUAGAAUUCAAAAGCCUAAAAAUUUAAUACAUUGAAAAAUUUUAAAAAAAUUGAAAAAAUUGGAAAUUUUUUAAAAAGUUGAACAAUUUGCAAAGUUUGAAAAAUUUAAAAAGUGUACAAAAAUUGAAAAAUUUGAGAAAUUCUAAAAAUUUUAAAUAAGUAUUUUAAGCAUUUGAAAAUUUUGAAAACAGGAAAAGAUUUGAAAAAAUUUAAAAAAUCGAAAAAAAAUAGAAAAGAAAUUUGAAAAAAAGAAAAAAUUUCAAAAUACGAAAAAUUUGAAAAAAAUUGAAAAAGAAUUUAAAAAUUUGAAAUUUAAGCUAUGAAAUUUGAGAUUUGAAAAUAAAAAUUGGGAAUUGGAAAUUGGACGUUGGACGUUGGAAGUUGGAAAUUGGACAUUGGACAUUGGACAUUGGACAUUGGACAUUGGACAUUGGACAUUGGGCAUUGGACAUUGGACAUUGGACAUUGGACAUUGGACAUUGGACAUUGGACAUUGGAAUUUGGAAAUUGGAAAUUGGAAAUUAGAGAUUGGAAAAUGGAAAUCGGAAAAUGGAAAUUAGAAAAUGGAAAUUUGGAAUUUGAGAUUUGUAAUUUACAAAUGAAAAAUUCAAAAACUCGAAAUUUCAAAAAAAAAUUAAAACUCGGAUCAAAAAUUUGUUAGUUUGAGAGUCUAAAAAUUAAAAAAUUCUAAAAUUCAAAUAUUCGGAAAUUUUCAAAUCCAAAUAUUACAAAAUUCGAAAACGAAUAUUCAAAUAUUUUAAAAUUCUAAAACUCCAGUAACAAAAAAUUAAAAAAUGGUUCAAAGAUUCAGAAAUCAUGCAGUCAAAAAUUUAAUUAUUCGAGGAAUUGAAGAAUCAAAAAUUUAAAAACUUGGAAAUUGAAAACGUUUCUAAAAUUUGAAGAAUCAAGAAUCCGAAUAUUCUAUAAUUCGAAAAUCCAAAAAUUCGAUUACUAAAAUUGAAAAACUCAAAAAUUUGGAAAUUCCGGAAUUCAACGAUACAAAAAUUCGAAACUUUGAAAUUUGGAGAAUUCACAAAUUUGUGAAUUCGAAAUUUCGAAUAUUGAUAAAUUCGAAAAUUCAAGAAUUAAAAAAUUUGAAAAUCCGAAAAUAUAAAAAUUUUAAAAUUCAAAAAUUUGUAAAGUCGAAAAUUCGAGAAUUUAACCCUCAAAAGGUAAGGAGUCUCGGAGGCCUGGCUGUUUACAGUUCUCUAGUUCCAAUGAAGUUGUAAUUUAAUAUACAAAUGACUGAACGUUUUCGGGCUUUCGAUUCUCUCACUGAUGAAACGAACGCUUCUUAAAGUCACAAUUUUGGCUUGCCUUUUUGAGGGUUGAAAAUUCGAUAAUUCAAGAAUUCGAAAAAUCGAUUAUUCAAAAAUACAAAUAUACAAAAAUUCGAUCAUUCGAAAAUUCAAAAACUUGAAGAUUCGAAUAUUCUACGAUUCAAAAAUUCCAGUAUUCAAAAACUUGAAGGCUUAAGUGUUCGAAAAUUCGAAAUUUAAAAGAUUCGAACGACGACAAAUUUUAAAAUUCAUGAUUUCCAAAAUUCAAAAUUGAAUACGAUGAUAAUUGUAGCAUAAAUUUUAAAAGGAUCAAAAAUACGAAAACUUGAGAACUUAAAGAAAUUAAAAUUUAAAAUUUGAAAGCUUGAAAGUUCGAAAAUACGAACAUUCUAAAAUUUGGUAAUUUAAGAUUUGAAUAUUAGGAAUAAAAAAAAUUGAAAAUGCUAGUAUUCGAACAUUCGAAUGUUAAAAAAUCCUAAAUCUUGAAUAUUCAAAAAUUCGAAAUUUCGCGAAUUUGAAAAUUAGAAGCGUCUGAAAUUUGAAAUAUUUUUUGAAAAUUUUUCGAAUUUUCAAAAAUUCAAAGAUUAAAAAAUUUAAAAAAAAUUGAGAUGUCGAAAUUCGAAAAAUUUGAAUCUGAAAUUUCGGAAACUCAAAAAUAUGAAAAUUCGUCAUUUCAAAGAUUUGAAAUUUGUGGAUUUUGAAAAUUCGACAAUUCUACAAUUCAAAUUUGAAUUUGAGUUUGCGAAUUUUAAAACUUGAAAAUUGGGAGAUUCCGAAAUUAAACAAUCCCAAAAUUCAAAAAAGUCGAAAGAAAUAUUUUCGAAAAUGUAAAGAUUCGAAUAUUCUAAAUCUCAAGAGACGAAAAUUGAAAGUCAUUAUUUUAGUAGAGCUCUCUUCCGGCAUUCGCGCUGCGUGUCCAGUCUACUGUAGUCUACUGUGUUUACCAAUCUACCGAUGUCAGCAUGUUGUAUUCUUCGGCCUACUUUUGGUUCAUAUACGUCUGCACUAUUUUCCAUUUUCUAAUGCGUCACCGAGUAUAGAACGCAAACAUUUUUCUCUCAAACACACUUCGAUAGUCUAUUUCCUUCCACCCCAAUGUCUCGUUUUAUUGCUUUCUUGAUGACGCUUUUCUUGUGCGAAAUAUUUAAAUGUAUUCUGUACGUGUCUGUCUUGUUCCAAAAAUGAAUUUUACAUUAUCCGGUCCGUGCAAAUAUUCAUGAAUCCUGUGGGUUAUUGCGGGGCGGGAUCAGAGUAGAAAUAAAUUUCAAUUUCAGGUCGUUAUCUGAUUUGAAAAAAAAAUGUCACCCGACCAACUCUAAUUAACACUAGUGUGGAUUUUGCAAAAUAUUUGGUGACUGAUCCACCUACAACUUACACAUUCCAGUCGUUAAACCACUUGAAACCUAUUUGUUGAUACCAACCACUCUCUAUUCAUGAAUACCAUGGGAGCAAUUUCAAUGUAGUUAUGUCAACACGUCGGCUAAUUGUGAAUUAACCCUUCAUUUCGAAUGCAUACCAAAGGCCACAUCAAAGUGGUGAAAGAGUACAUACGCAAGCAUCAGUAGGAGUAACCAGCCAGCCACCAACAAAUUAACGCUACCGCGCCAACUCUCCUCGGCUACCCGACCGUACCCGUACCGGUAUAAUCGAACCGGUUGAAUCUAUGCGAGUAUUCAAUUUUUAAUUUAAUCACCGUUAAUUGAAUUUUGAAUUCACGUCGAAAUAAGAGAAAACCAAAACACACACACACAGACACACCUGCAUUCACGCAAUCAGUCCCCCUCUGCGUUCGGUGAUAGCCAGUGCUGAUAACGCCGGAAAAGACACCCACUAUAAACCGAAAUCCGAAUUGAUCCGGAUUGGGGGGUGCGACAUGUUGUGAAACAGGUAAAACUAUUAAAAUAAUCACAAUAAAUGAGUAAAAUGCAUUAAGGGCGCCACUUUCGGAAGCCUAUAGCGGGCAACAAAGGAAGGGUAGGAGAAAGAAAAAAAAGGUACGAAUGUCAUGUAGUAGGGCCGAAAUUCACUGAAAAUCGAGGGAAAAACCUGUGUACACAAGUGACAGACAGUCGUGUGCGACACACCAGCAACAUAGAAGCGCAUUAAAAAGCAUUGAAAUGAAUAAUGAUAAUUAAAAAUAAUUGUAAUAAAAACUGAUAUAUUUUACAUUAACAGAA